UUGCUUGCAACAACACUUGCGUCCUCCUCCCAUUGGGGUGCUUUGUGCAAACUCCCCACAUUUGCAGCCUGACCCUCUUUGCAGGGAUUUGGAAACCCUCCUUGCAUUUGGCACAACGCCCCUGCAAGGGAGGAGGGAUCACUGCCUCCUGGAUACAGUGUUGCCACCCAUCCAUGUGACCCAUCGCACUGACGCCACACACAUCUGUAGACCACAACCAGCUAGUGAGAUCAUGGACGCAGCAUCGUCUGUGGGGGCAGCACUAGCACUCACCCUGCAAUCUGCGGGUACAGCAGCCAGCGCAUUGGUGCUCUCACCAACAACAUCGAUACCCGCAGGCACCCAGAUGAGUGACCACAUGCAGCAGACUGAGACAGCCAUUGUAGCGGGUGCCGUAGCCGUUCUACACAAUAAUGCUGCAGCUGCCGUCAUGAUAGCAUCAACCAGGUGCCCACGCCGCUGGUGGAUGCGUCCAAGAAGCACUGCGUGGUGGGAUGGGUUUGUCAUGUCUGUCUCCUCAGAUGAGCAAUGGCGGCUGUUCUUCCGAAUGCCCCGUGCCCUCUUCUACAGGCUAGUGGAAGAGCUGCGUCCAGAGCUGGAGAAGACGGACACCGUCAUGCGAAGAGCCAUCCCAGUGGAGAAGAGGGUUGCCACGGCCCUCUGGGUGCUUGCCCACCGAGGCAGCUACAAGCAAAUUGGCCAGCGUUUUGGGGUUGGUGCUGCCACCGCUAGAGAGGUAUUAGUGGAAUUUGCCCUGGCCAUGAGGAAGCAUCUGCUGCCACGUACUGUGUACCUGGGGAGUGUCCAUGAGAUCAUGGAUGGUUUCGCUGAGCUGGGCUUCCCGCAAGUAGUGGGUGCUGUGGAUGGGUGCCGCUGUCUGAUCGUUCCACCACUGCGGCAGAGAGAACAGUCCGCCAACCGCAUGGACAGCUACUCCAUUCUUCUCCAGGGGACCUGCGACCACACGGGGCGUUUUGUGGAUGUGGAGAUCGGUGGUAUACACAAAGCACGUGUCAUCUGUAACUCUGCCAUCUUCAAGGGCAUGGAGGCGGGCACUUUUGUGCCAGGGAACCCAACCAUCACCAUGUGUGGCCAGCAGAUUGGCCCUCUCCUGCUCUCCAACAGUGACCAUCCCAUUCGGACGUGGCUCAUGAAGCCGUACCCGGGGGCCACCAAUGACAAGGAGAGGCUCUUCAAUGAGAACCUGAAUCGCGCUAAGCGUGUUGCGGAAAAGGCAUUCAGCCGCCUGAAGGCGCGGUGGAGGUUCCUCACUGCCCCGCUGCAUGUGGGCAAGGAAAACCUCAUCCCCAUCAUAGCCUCAUGUGUGGUCCUGCACAACCUGUGCGAGACAAAGGGCAGGGUCUUGGACGAGGGCCACCAUUACAGGCGCAACUCCGAGCUGCCCACCCCGAGGGCACCCUUGGUGGAUGAUGAGGAUGAGAAAAAGCGGGAGGGUGAGGCAGUGAGAGAGGCGCUGGCACAGUUCUUCCACACUGGGAGGACAUGACAUUGCCGCCUUAUGCGCGUGUGACCUCGGGGCGCCAGUGCAGCUUGUGAUGCAGAGCAAUUCAAUAAACAUGUCCUAUCAUCCA